ACUAGGCAUUUCACCCUGCCAGGCUGCAGUCGCUGCUCGCCAGGCUGCCGCUCAGGGGGAGCGCUGCCGUGGCAGUGGUUUGUGCGCUGCUCCUGCCGACUCGGACAGCCCAGCUACUUUUUGAGCUUUACAAGGCUAUUUGCUGWUUGUAUAAUUUAAUUUGUCAAGGAAAAAAAAACUGAUAAGCAGAAGCUCUAAMUGAAGAGGAGAAUCAGGUUGGCGCAGUGACAGAUGUUCGGAUAAAGAAGUUGGCUCAGAGAAGAUGUACAGAGUCUGACUUUUUUUUCAUUUUUUUCCUCCCCCUCAAUCUGAAUGAGGACUAUCAUGGGGACUGCAUUCACAUGGUGAUCAAAAGAARCACUUGAGUGAUGAACUGCUUUUACAGAAGUCGUCUAAGGCAGUAAUUUGAGCUUUUGUGUGCAGUAGCUAGCUUGUUUUGCUGAAGCAUUCCUCCUCGACAGUAUUACUGCACCUAUUCCCUGAUGGAGAAGCCGCAGCUACUGCCUGGUGAAGGAAAAAUGAACGCUCYGCAUUGCUCGUGUCCCUGACGGAGUAACACCGGCUGCGUUGCUGUCGUUUGGGGAGGCUGSAUUCAGCCGGCAAUAUUAUUCAAGGAGUUCAUUGUCCCUGUGCUCUGACUCAUCGCAUGUAAAUGUGUUGCAGCCGUGCUGCACGUUGCAGCUAUUUUCUUGCAUGGGAAAGAAUUCUUUUCUUCUGAGCAGGUCCUGAAUAACUGCUGGAGCCGAGAUGCRUUUUUCUGUCUGGACUGUUUCUGACAUUGAGAAAGGAAGCUGUAGAAUGGCAGGAUGAUCGGGARGCGCGUUUAUUUUCAGGCACCAGAAAGCCUGUGAGGGGUGAUUUAAACUGACCUUGCAGUGGGAAUAGCUGCGGCCGUCUCUCUCGGGGCAAUUGUUCCUUGUUCUGUCCUCUGCAGGACAGAGUCGUGUCUUCUGCAACAAUGAUUUCACUGUGGGGGUAGAAGGACGCUGUGGAAGUUGUGACAGUAACAAAGACAAAUUUGCUCGUGAAAGGACAGCUGGGUGYGACAGUGAGUGCUGUUCGAAUGGAACUGGAUCUUGGGAUAUUUUUAUCAGCUGUCCCACAGUUUUGUUAUUGUGGUUUCGAUGSUUAGGGACUUUUUAUUUUAUAAAGAGCAACUUUUUUUUCAGCAGUGUGUUGAACAUCUUGGGAUGUGUAAGUCUGAAUAAUGAAGUGUGAGGGGCGAUUGGAAUGUUACUUUCUAAAUGCUAACACACCAACAGUAGCACUCACAAGUUUGUGAGGGCAUGUGGAACAGGUGAAGAUAUUUCCUCUAUGGUCCCUAUUGUGAUACCUGCGGUCUGCUUCCAAAAAUACCAUUGCUGGCAUUUUUUUGUUUGCUUUUGCUUCCUCAAACGGAUCGAAUGAGUCGAGUCUGUAUUGUUGUUUUGGAGGAGGAGGAAGAUGAUUCUCCUACUUUUAUUUCCAAUUUACCUCAGGAAAAUGUAUCCUUACGUCCAUUGCCGUCUGGAAAUGUGCUGCCACCAUUGGUUCAAGCUAUAUUUAAUGGAGAUCCUGAUGAAGUUCGAGCACUAAUAUUUAAGAAAGAAGAUGUUAAUUUUCAGGAUAAUGAGAAAAGGACCCCUUUACAUGCUGCUGCCUAUCUGGGAGAUGCAGAAAUUAUUGAACUACUUAUUUUAUCUGGAGCUAGAGUUAAUGCCAAAGACAGCAAAUGGUUGACUCCUUUACACAGAGCUGUAGCAUCUUGUAGUGAGGAUGCUGUUCAGGUGUUGUUAAAGCAUUCAGCAGAUGUCAAUGCUCGUGAUAAAAACUGGCAGACACCCCUACAUAUAGCAGCUGCAAACAAAGCUGUGAAGUGUGCUGAAGCUUUGGUGCCUCUCCUAAGCAAUGUAAAUGUGUCUGAUCGAGCAGGCAGAACUGCAUUGCAUCAUGCAGCCUUCAGUGGACACGUUGAGAUGGUCAGCUUACUAUUGUCUAGAGGGGCCAAUAUUAAUGCAUUUGACAAGAAAGACAGACGAGCUAUACACUGGGCAGCAUAUAUGGGUCAUAUUGAAGUUGUGAAAUUACUCGUGACCCAUACAGCUGAAGUGACAUGCAAAGACAAGAAAUCAUAUACACCCUUACAUGCUGCAGCAUCUAGUGGGAUGAUUAGUGUAGUCAAAUAUCUUCUGGAUCUUGGAGUUGAUAUGAACGAGCCAAAUGCCUAUGGAAAUACUCCUCUCCAUGUAGCUUGUUACAACGGGCAAGAUGUUGUAGUGAAUGAACUCAUAGACUGUGGUGCUAAUGUAAAUCAAGUGAACGAGAAGGGGUUUACACCUUUGCACUUUGCUGCUGCRUCGACACAUGGAGCAUUGUGUUUAGAGCUCUUGGUCUGCAAUGGAGCAGAUGUAAAUAUAAAGAGUACAGAUGGGAAAACACCUUUGCACAUGACAGCAAUCCAUGGCAGAUUUUCAAGAUCCCAAACCAUCAUUCAAAAUGGAGCUGAAAUAGACUGUGAAGAUAAGAAUGGAAAUACUCCUUUGCACAUAGCAGCUAGAUAUGGCCAUGAGCUAUUAAUCAACACUCUGAUUACGAGUGGUGCUGACACUGCAAAGCGGGGUAUACAUGGGAUGUUUCCUCUCCAUUUGGCAGCAUUAAGUGGAUUUUCAGACUGCUGCAGAAAGCUCCUCUCAUCAGGUUUUGACAUUGACACACCAGAUGACUUUGGCAGGACUUGUCUCCAUGCAGCUGCAGCUGGAGGGAAUUUGGAGUGCCUAAAUCUUCUGCUAAAYACUGGUGCAGACUUCAACAAAAAGGACAGAUUUGGAAGAACUCCACUCCAUUAUGCUGCUGCCAAUUGUAAUUAUCAGUGCCUGUUUGCCCUUGUGGGAUCUGGAGCUAGUGUGAAUGACCUUGAUGAGAGGGGUUGUACACCUCUGCACUAUGCAGCUGCAUCAGACACAGAUGGGAAGUGCCUGGAAUACUUGCUAAGAAACGAUGCCAACCCUGGGAUCCGAGACAAACAAGGAUACAAUGCAGUUCAUUAUUCAGCUGCUUACGGUCAUCGCUUAUGCCUUGAAUUGAUUGCAAGCGAAACGCCUCUAGAUGUUCUGAUGGAAACAUCAGGUACUGACAUGCUGAAUGACUCGGACAACAGAGCGCCUAUAAGCCCACUGCAUUUAGCUGCCUAUCAUGGCCAUCAUCAAGCUCUGGAAGUGCUGGUACAGUCACUGCUGGACCUUGAUGUGAGGAAUAACAAUGGAAGGACACCACUGGAUCUUGCUGCCUUUAAGGGACACGUGGAAUGUGUAGAUGUGCUCAUUAAUCAGGGAGCAUCAAUCUUGGUGAAAGAUUAUGUUGUAAAGAGGACCCCAAUUCAUGCUGCAGCUACAAAUGGUCAUUCAGAAUGUUUGCGGCUGUUGAUAGGAAAUGCAGAACCACAGAAUGCGGUGGACAUUCAAGACGGAAAUGGACAGACUCCUCUGAUGUUGUCAGUUCUCAAUGGGCACACUGACUGCGUUUAUUCACUCCUUAACAAAGGAGCAAAUGUAGAUGCCAAAGAUAAGUGGGGAAGGACAGCAUUACACAGAGGGGCAGUUACUGGGCAUGAGGAAUGUGUGGAAGCUUUGCUUCAACAUGGUGCUAAGUCCUUACUACGAGACUGUAGGGGACGGACCCCUAUCCACUUGUCAGCUGCGUGUGGCCAUAUAGGUGUUCUGGGAGCUCUCCUGCAGUCAGCUAGCUCUGUGGAUGCAGCACCUGCAAUGGCAGACAAUCACGGCUAUACAUCACUGCACUGGGCCUGCUAUAAUGGUCACGACAGUUGUGUAGAGCUGCUCCUGGAACAGGAAGUUUUUCAGAAAAUGGGAGGAAAUUCUUUCAGUCCCUUGCAUUGUGCUGUGAUAAAUGACAAUGAAGGUGCUGCAGAAAUGUUAAUUGAUACGCUAGGUGCUGGCAUUGUAAAUUCAAUGGACUCAAAAGGAAGAACUCCUCUGCAUGCAGCAGCUUUUACAGAUCACGUUGAGUGUCUACAGCUUCUGCUUGGUCACAGUGCUCAAGUAAAUGCUGUAGAUUCUUCUGGGAAAACACCUUUAAUGAUGGCUGCAGAAAAUGGACAGACGAAUACAGUUGAGGUGCUGGUUAGCAGUGCUAAGGCUGAUCUGACUUUGCAAGACAGUUCUAAGAACACAGCACUCCAUUUGGCUUGCAGCAAGGGUCAUGAAACUAGUGCCUUGUUAAUACUGGAGAAGAUUACGGAUAGAAACCUCAUCAAUGCCACCAAUGCAGCCUUGCAAACGUACGUAUCAGCCAUGAGGGUGUUGGAAAGAUGAGUUCUUGGUCUGUAUCUUGCUCAUWAAGAGGAAUAUU